AUGAGCUGCAUGAAUUAUGCGCGGCGUCUGUCGAAAAACGAAAACAAAGGGCCGUUGGGCGAAAAGGAAUAUUUUGAAGAUUCUGAGGAAGAAAAAAGAAAAAUAAAAACACUGAUUGAAAAAAUAAGAACCAGUGAACACAUCGUCGUUCAUGCUGGUGCCGGCAUAUCCACCAGCUCAGGGUUACAAGAUUUUAGGGGCCCCACAGGAAUAUGGACAAAUGAGUUCCUGAGCCAAGCGAAUCACAGAAGGAAGAGGCAAUUGGAGAAGCGACGCAAGGGGGGGAAGGAAGCGAGCGAGGUGAAGGUACAGGAGGCGAAGCCACAUAAGGAGACCCAGGAUGUAAAGACCCCUCAUCCAAAUGAUAGCCAAAACGCGAAGGCGAAGAUGAUACGAAGAAGCUUACAAGAAAAAUGCGAACUCUCGGAUGACCCCGGCCAGCACAUCUCUGUUAACAGAACGGAGGAGUCGCCAUUCAAUUUUGUCAAAAGAAAGAGUCCUGAGUUUUUGUACGAAGGCGACACACUCGAAUCGCAGACAGGGAGAGCGGAUAAUUGCCAAGAGUACCGCUCAAGGGAUACAAAAUUAGCACAUGAACAGCGUCAAGGUUAUGCAGGCUUUCAAGAAAAGGAAUAUUUAAAUGGUUACAACAGGGGAGAACAUGUCGAGGCAGACAGAGGAUCGAUCCGUACUAAGGGGGAUAACCAUUCUAUGAAGGAAAAACAGAAAAAUGAAAAUUUUGACAUGACACUCCUGCACAGCAGAAUGAAAAAGGAGGAACGAGAAGGGGGGGAAGAAAGCAGCCAUGUGUGCGUAAAAAAAGAAAAUGCAUUUGGCACUUAUGAGGGAGACUCCACAAGCUUCGACCCAAAUGGUAGCAAUAAACAGGGUGAUGCACCUGGUGGAGAGGCAGCUGACGGAGAUGCUAUGGAGGUAACACAAAAUCCCCCUUCAAACGAACACUAUGUCAUAUUUGGAAACAGAAAAAAAAAAGUCAUCGAUUUGCACCUAGCCCUGCCAACCAAAACGCACAUCAUGAUAAAGGAGCUGAUGAACAGGAACAUUAUAAAAUUUUUAAUCACGCAAAAUAUAGAUUCCCUACACUAUAGGUGUGGAACUAAAUUUUCGAAAAUUUCAGAAAUACAUGGAAAUAUAUUCAUCGAAAGGUGCGAUUUUUGUGGUAGAAGAUAUUUGAGAGAUUUUGUUGUAUCGACGAUUAGUUUUCAACCCACGGGAGCGUUGUGUUUUUUAUGUUCUUUUCCCCCGAUAGGUGUAUGUACAGAUGUUUUAUUAGACUGGAAUAAUGCAUACGAAGAUUUCUUCCACUUAAAUUCUAUCAGACAUUCUCAGAUGGCUGAUUUUCACUUCUGUCUGGGGUCCAGCUUUUACAUUGUCCCUGCUAGCUAUUAUCCAUCCAAAAAAAAAUUUGCAAAUGAGAAGUCGUUCAGCUGCUUGAUUAAUUAUCAGAAGUCUUCCCUGUCCAAGGAAGUUGAUUUAAGUUUGCAUUCUAAUGUGAACAACAUUUCUGAUAUCAUCAUUAAAGAAUUUUCUCUAGAACCUCUCUGCAUUAGAACUGCCUUGAUUGUCGUGGUCAGGUGCCAAGUAAUCCACUUUGAUUUAAUUUUCGACAAAUUGAUAACGGUGAAUAAUAUCAUCCAAGAUAACAACUGUGUAGACUUACCCAAGGGAGAAAUUUCCAGCGACUUGUCAUUCCGAAUUGUCAAAACGGAGGAUGAUUAUUCAGGGGAGGGGGAAGAGUAUCCCUCGGGGGAGCAAACGCACCUCAAUAAGGGGGAAAAGUACUCCACUUAUGAUGGGAUCAAGCACUUAAAGGAGGAUAGAAACCCGUCCAUACAUUUAUACACACAUCGGAAUGAUUCUGAUGUUGACCCACAAGAAAUGCAUAGGGACAGGAACCGAUUUAGGGAACAACUCUUUUUAAUCAAAUGCUCGAUGGUUAAAAAGGUUAGUACUAACGAACCAGUUGACGAGGCACACAAAUUAGGAGUAACCCUGAUAGAUAAGACUAAAGGCAUUUGGCUAGUAAGGACAAAUUUUUCCUGUCUAUUAGAAGUCGAAUUAUGGUACAAUUCCUUCGUUUUGCUAAAAUUAAAUUAUGAUGAAAACUGCCCGUUCGUGGAACUAAAUGCAUGGAGUGUGAACGUGGCUUAUACAUAUGGUGACGACAUUGAUGAUGUGGACUAUGUCAACAGGGGUGCUCCUAAAAGUAGAAAUUUCGAUUUGCACAAAAAUAAGUAUGUGGAUAGCACUAGUCCGCACAUGUGCAGUACCGAAAAUGGUGCACACAUAAAGGAAAAAGUGACAAGCGAGACUAACCAUAGGGAGGGCAGCCUUUCAAAUCGCUACAACGACCAUAGGGGACGUCAUGAUGUACGGCAUGAUGCACGUCAUGAUUCACCUGAUGAUGCACAGCAUGAUGAACCUCAUGAUGCACGGAAGGAUCCACGGCAGAAUCCACGGCACUCGUUGCCCAUUUCAGAAAUAUUGCCCGAACAUGUAUAUGUGGGUUACAAUCCAAACAAUAUCAAACCGCACUCUGGGGUUGAGCACCUAGCCAUUUUGACCAACGCGAGCAAGCUCUCCAAGCAUAGCAAUUACGCGUGCUUCGAACUUCCCAACGCGCUCAAAUUGCUAUACAAUUUGUUCUGCCUCGUAAAUAAGUCGGAAAGGGCAAGGGAAACAGAAAAAGAAAGUCAGGGCGAACACGUGAAAAGGGAAGAAACACCCAAUAGAGACACAAUAGAGACGUUCGUAAAAAACUUGCAUUCGCCAAAAAAUGUCAAUUUAUACACAACCGAUUUUAUAAACUCCUUUACACAAAAGGAAAACAUGGAGUAUCAAAGCCAUUACACCUUCAGGGAAAGGAAAAAAAGAAACUUAAGUGACUUCAAUUUGUGCUCCUCCUCUGAUGAAAACAAGGAAAAGAAAAUGCUCGUUUUUUAUAACCUAUACAUGAAGGAAAGAAGUGAUGUUUAUAAUGUCGCAAUUGGGAUGGAUAGAAUCCGGAAACACUCUUUUGAUUUUUUCCUACCUAGUAGUUACUCUCCAAGAAGUGCCUCAAAAGGGCACCUUCGCGAUUCCCCAACAAGGAAAGAAACACGUGAAGCGAACAAAUUUAAUGACAAUAAUUCUGUAGCAAGCACCAGCAAAAUUGAACGUGAUCCUUUACACGAGAUGCACCACUUAAAAAUGGCGCCCUCACAAAAUGGGAAAAAUUGUGCUGAAUACGAAAACGUGGAUGAGGACAGCUAUCGGAAAGACAGAGUCUCACUCAGUCAGGGGAGUGAACCCAUCUUGAGUAAUAUCCCAAAAGAAAAGUUGGAAAUCCCUCCGACGGAAAAGGCUACGAAGAAUUAUAACACUGCCGCUGAGGAACAAUCAAGCAACGAUUCGAAUACAAAUGGUUUUAAAGAGAAGUACCCCAAAUCAGAUAAAGCCAGCGCUAGUCACUUAGAGGAAGAGGAAAAUCACGCCAGCACCACAAAAAAGAAGUCACAUCAUUUUAACCACCGGUCCUCGGAACUGUUGUUCUACCCAGUUAUGCUUAUAAAUAACAAACACCAACUUGGUGAAUUGGUGUCCAGAAUACCCAAGUAUAUCAAACCCCCGAAGAGGUACACUCCCUACAGGAAGCUCAGCAGGGAUAAGAAAAAUUCCAAUACUCUUCAGAGAUGUAGAAGUGAAAUUUGGCAGGGAAAAUACAACGAGAUGGUUUGCGAUAUGGAGAAAGAGCACGCUGUGGAUUUUGUUCUCUUCCGGGAGAUCAGCUACUUCCCUUUGUGGCUUUUGAAUUAUGUAAACGACUUGUUCGAGUGUUUGUGA